AUGAACCAGCUGUGGGUACAGGACGAGUAUCCAAAAGUUAAAAUAUUAGAAUUAAAUUCAGAUGAUUCCGAUGGUCAAUUAAGUGAUGACGAUGACAAAUAUAGUCAUAUCUGGAAUAACGUAAAUGGGCACAUUAUGGCGAUGAACGAACCCGAUCAUUUCAACUCGGACUAUAAAAGUAAGGAAAAAAACUGUACUCAAAAUGGGGUUAGCUCCCAAAUGACACGUUCCUUUGACACUGUUGAUGAUGACAACCUCAAUGACUCUAUAACGGAUAUGAGAUCAAAUAUUUACAAAAAAAACGAUCGAUCUCAUGAGAACUUAAGAAGAACUCAUCAAAAUAGUUGCUUCACAGUAUUAAAUAAGGUAUUCAAUAGUUCCGAUUCUUCCUUAGACGACGUUGAAGUGAUUGAGUAUUCCAACACACGAGAUUACAAUUUUAACGAUUGCGAUAGAAUGCAUAGUGGCGAUAUAUUAACUUUGGAUGAGGACGGCAAUAAAAAAAGUACAAUAUGGAUAUAUUCAAUCAAAAACAAACGCGUUUUAUCGGAAAAUACAUCCGAGUUAGUAAAUGUUCCAAGUCAAGAGAGUACAAGUUCUACUUCACGUUCUUUAGAAAAUUAUCAAGAGGAACAAGAGAAUUAUAAAAGAGAAACACCUCGUAGAGUUGGCUCUCCCAUUCCUGCUACGUAUAUACCUCGUUUAAAUUUACUGUCACCGAGAUUACCAACAGUCACGGAAGUUACAGAGCCUAUAAGAACUUUAAUUAAAGGAUCAAGCGACAGUUCAGAAUGUUACAAUCCAUUAAGCGGUCAUAAACUAAUCAACGGUUGGUUGGGAGGUGAAAACAAAACUAUCAAUAUCACCAGAAAUUGUAAAACAUAUCCAAAAAAGUCACCAACUACCGAUGUUGGAAACCAGAUAUGUCCAUCGCCAAGAGAAAGAAGAAGGAGAUAUAAGCACACUAAUUUAAAUAAUACGAAUAUUGCAACGUCGCCUUCAGAGUUUGAAACUAGAAGAAAAUUUGAAGAAUCCACCAAUGAAAAAUUGAGUUUCAAAAAAAUAGAAACUACCGCUGAGAUCAAUUUGUCUGACAGUAAAAGCGAAGAAAGAGAGUCUUUCGUUGCUAAAACUGAAGAUGUGAUAAUUAAUGAUGGCCAAAAGAAUGAUAAAUCAGACCACGAAGAUAUUUAUAAUGAAAGUGCACUACGUAAACCAAAAAUAAUUAUUCAGAAACAGAACGUUAACAAAAUUGGUAAAAUCAGCGAUCCCAUAGAUAAACUGGAUAAUAAUGGUUGGAUUUGUGAGGAGAAAACGGACAUAUAUAAUGACGACAGCAAAGAACAACAGUUAAUUGAUAUUGAAACUAUAAUAAACGAUCAAAAUGUUAAAUUGGCAUGUCCAAACAACAACGCUGGUAACAGACUGUGGGCUAGAAAUACUUUACUACUAAGACCAGCCGAGUGGAAUGAAUAUAGAUCGAUCGCAAACAGUAUCCCGUCCCUAGCAAUGUCCAUAGCCACAAAUUCGAAUAAACACACGUGGCUCUGUCGUCUCUCUGACUGUUUUAGAUGCUGCAAAUAG